GUUGUUUGAGACGCUCAUACGGAUUUGCUCAAAAAUAAACACUGGAACGAAUGUAAAUAUACUGAAUCCCUAUGUGUGGUUCUUUGUCAAAUCUUUGUGUUGUCUUGUCAAUCUGCCACAGUUGCUGAGACGUGCCUUGUUUCUCAAUCUUAUAUUGCGCAGGCGUGAUCCAAUCUGAGCCCAGUGAAAUGCUCGUGGAUACAGAAUGGGAUCACCCUCUGCUCUGCUAUCUUUUAACCUAUUUCUAGAGCUGAGUAAACCGAGGAACUGUAUGCGCCUGACUUUUUGGAGCAUUCUCUAAAGGGAACAGUAGCUUCCACAUCUCGUGUGUUACUCUUUCCCUCCUUACCAGAACAGAUAUCAACCUGUGGAUGUUGAGCGCAUCAAGAGAUUAGAUUUGAGGGUCUGGAAUAACGCUGUCAUUGCUCCAGCCAUUAAUAUCCAGGACGCUUCUGGUCUCGCCGGGUGCGCUUUCAGCGGUUUGCAUGAAAGGGGUAAGACGGCGGGGGAGGUAGCGAAUUGAUUUCGGUUUAUGAAUGGCACUGACAUGGAGGAAAUUCCGUUUCAGAAAGUCAAGACCCGGAGGAAGAAAACCCACUGUCCCCCUGGAUCCCCUCUGAACGCGAUCGCCUGCGAGGACGAGUUCGACUGCAAGGAGCUGGAGUCUCUGUUCCAAAAUUACAACCUGAAACUGGAGCAGACCUCUACCCUGAAAGCCCUUGCGAUUUUGAUCAUUAUGACUUCCACUUUGGCUCUGGUGGAACUGCUGUCUGGACCCAGUCUGACCAUCUCCAAGGGAUCCCAUCCAGUGCACUGCAUUAUUUUCGUCUCCCUGUUCAUUGUAACUAAUGUCAAGUACCUGCAGGUGACUCAGCUCCAGCAGAUCGUGAAGCUGACUUUGCUCUUCGGCUUUACUUUUUCUUUCCUCUGUUGUCCUUUUUCUCUGGGAGCUUACGGCGUGGAGCCACCGACAUCUCCAGAGCAGGGAAUGUGGCAGCUCAUGCUGGUGACAUUUGUCGCUUAUUCCCUUCUACCCGUGCGGACGCUCCUAGCCAUAGUAUUUGGACUUAUGGUGGCCGUAUCGCAUAUCAUCGUCUCGGCGACAUCAGUGACAGCCAAAAGACAGCGGCUGUGGAAAACGCUGGUGGCCAAUGCAAUCCUAUUCACAAGCGUGAACCUGUCUGGAGUAUUUGUGAGGAUCCUCACGGAAAGAGCCCAGAGAAAGGCCUUUCUUCAGGCAAGGAACUGCAUAGAGGAAAGACUCAGGCUGGAGGAUGAGAAUGAGAAACAGGAGCGCCUUUUAAUGAGCCUUCUGCCCAGAAAUGUGGCAAUGGAGAUGAAGGAAGACUUUUUAAAACCCCCUGAAAGGAUCUUUCACAAGAUCUACAUUCAGAGACAUGACAACGUGAGCAUCCUGUUUGCUGACAUAGUGGGAUUCACAAGUCUGGCCUCCCAAUGCACAGCCCAGGAACUUGUCAAGCUGUUGAAUGAAUUGUUUGGAAAGUUUGAUGAACUGGCUACAGAAAAUCACUGCAGGAGAAUCAAAAUCCUUGGGGACUGUUAUUACUGCGUUUCAGGACUGACCCAGCCCAAGACAGACCAUGCUCACUGCUGUGUAGAAAUGGGACUGGACAUGAUCGAUACCAUCACGUCUGUUGCCGAGGCCACAGAAGUGGAUCUGAACAUGAGGGUUGGGCUUCACACAGGCAGAGUUCUCUGUGGUGUCCUGGGGCUCCGCAAGUGGCAGUACGAUGUCUGGUCCAAUGACGUCACACUGGCCAAUGUAAUGGAAGCUGGUGGACUGCCUGGGAAGGUUCAUAUCACAAAAACCACUCUGGAGUGCCUCAAUGGCGACUAUGAAGUAGAGCCAGGAUAUGGCCAUGAAAGAAACAGCUUUCUUCAGAAACACGACAUUGAAACCUUUUUUAUUGUGCCAUCUCAUCGACGAAAGAUAUUCCCUGGAUUAAUCCUCUCCGAUAUAAAGCCUGCUAAAAGGAUGAAGUUCAAAACAGUCUGCUACUUGCUGGUUCAGCUCAUGCACUGCAGAAAGAUGUUCAAAGCUGAGAUUCCCUUUUCUAACGUCAUGACCUGCGAGGAUGAUGACAAGAGAAGGGCACUCAGAACUGCUUCUGAAAAGCUAAGGAAUCGUACAUCCUUUUCAACUAAUGUAAUACACAACACCCCUGGCACCAGAGUAAACAGGUAUAUCAGUCGCCUAAUAGAAGCUCGACAGACUGAGUCAGAAAUGGCAGAUUUACAUUUCAUCACAUUAAUGUACAAACGUGCUGAGCGGGAACAGAAAUACCAUCAGCUUCAUGAUGAAUAUUUUACCAGUGCAGUAGUUCUUUCUCUGAUCCUUGCUGCCUUAUUUGGCCUCAUUUACCUUCUAAUAAUCCCACAGAGCACAAUUGUUCUUGUCCUCUUGGUAUUCUGCAUAUGCUUCCUUGUUUCUUGUAUUAUGUAUCUGCAUGUCACUAGAGUACAGUGUUUUCCAGGGUGCCUCACAAUACAAAUUCGCACCGUUUUGUGUGUGUUCAUAGUGAUUUUAAUAUACGCUGUGGCCCAAGGAUAUGUGGUUGGUUGCAUGCCGUGGAUUUGGAAUAACAACUCCAGCAGUUCCAUAGUAAUCAUUGACUCCAAUGGAGUGAACAAAACCAUGACCGAGCUGCCAUGUGACUCGGCUCACUAUGCCUUCCUCUCCUGUGUGGCGGGGACUCUGACUCUUGCAAUAUUCCUGCGCGUUUCCUCGUUGCCAAAAAUGAUCCUGCUCUUCCUUGUCAGUGUCUUGUACAUAGUGAUCCUGGAGAUCAGCGGGUUUAGGAAGUCCGUGAGUGGAGGAUCAUUUUACAUCCGUGGAUACGAACCUAUCCUGGCCAUUCUGCUGUUUGUCUGUGCUCUGGUUCUUCAUUCCAGACAACUGGACCUUAAAUUGCGUCUAGACUACCUCUGGGCUAUACAGGCAGAAGAAGAGAGAGAUGACAUGGAAAGAGUAAAGCUUGACAACAAGAGAAUUUUAUUUAACCUCCUCCCUGCACAUGUUGCACAGCACUUUCUGAUGUCCAAUCCGAGAAACAUGGACCUUUACUAUCAAUCAUACUCCCAAGUGGGUGUAAUGUUUGCUUCCAUCCCCAAUUUCAAUGAUUUCUACAUUGAACUGGAUGGCAAUAAUAUGGGCGUGGAAUGCUUACGGUUAUUAAACGAAAUUAUUGCUGAUUUUGAUGAGCUGAUGGAUAAAGAAUGUUACAAGGACAUAGAAAAGAUCAAGACAAUUGGCAGCACUUACAUGGCAGCUGUGGGUCUAGUGCCCACGACUGGAACCAAGGCCAAAAAGUCUAUUUACUCUCACUUAAGCACAGUGGCAGAUUUUGCAAUAGAAAUGUUUGAUGUACUUGAUGAAAUCAACUAUCAGUCAUACAACGACUUUGUCUUAAGAGUUGGUAUUAAUGUUGGGCCUGUGGUGGCAGGUGUCAUCGGAGCAAGAAGGCCCCAGUAUGAUAUCUGGGGCAACACAGUUAAUGUAGCUAGCAGAAUGGACAGCACUGGAGUCCAAGGGAAAAUACAAGUUACAGAAGAGGUGUAUCGCAUGCUGACGAAGUGUAACUAUGAGCUGGUGUGUCGCGGGAAGGUCAGUGUCAAAGGAAAAGGCGAAAUGCUCACAUAUUUCCUGGAGGGGAAGUGCAAUGGGAAUAGCUCACAGACGAGGUCUACCAGCCUGGAGCACAAGAACUACUCUUUCGGACGAGCAAACAUCCAAACUAAGCUGGGAACAAGCUGCCCUUCGGUAUCGUCUGUUGCCAGUUUCACAGUGAAGGCAGGACUCGGGGCACUGCAGGCCUCUACAACGCACACAAACCAGACUGUGCAUUACCUUCCUUCAGUGCCAGCUGUGAAGGAAUUGUGAACCGGAGAGGGAUCACUUAGGUGACUGAACUGGAUGUCAGCAGAAAGGCGUUCUUGAUACAAAUUGUAAAUUCCAGACAUGCCUGAAUACUCACCAGAAGGUCUUAGGCAAAUGCACAACCAAGGAUCCCUGCAAUCCAACCAAAGAGAAUGUUGGGUUCUUCUACAGAAACAAGCUGGGAAGGUAACAAGGGCUAACAACUUUGUUAGGACUGGUCCUAAUUUAAGGUCGGAAAGUGUUUUUAUAUAAACUUCUCUUACCGAAAAAUAAAGACACUUCAUCCUUUGUUAUUCAAAUGAUAGGAACCCAAGUUUCCGACUUCAAAUAAUUUCUUCCAGCCCAGCAAAGCAUAAGAGGGUCUCCCCGAUGGAUAAAAGUUUCACACUUACAGGAAAAGGUAUGAAGGAAAAAAAUACAGUUUUGUGAAAUUAAGAGUUACGUUCCUGCAGAGGGAAUCAAGUCUUCCUCUAGCUCUGUUUUGUUUGGCAAAAGCCCUCAUGCUUUUUGGUGGGUAUACCAAAACCUGAAUCUUCUGCAAAAGGGAAGCAGUUGUCAGUGGUGAUAUAUGUUGGAAUUAAAAGCCUUGUGACUGAGAUAUGUGGAGUAUGCUUUUGAUAUUACAGUAAUAACUGUAUUUAUUACAAGGAUUUACCAGGCAUAUUUUUAAACCAUUCUUAUUGAUAUUUACAUAGGAGUCCUGGCUCAAAAUAUACAAUAUUAUUGUUCCAUAAUCAUGCUAGGUAUUAUUGUUUUCUAUUUCAAAUAAUGACAAUUUUUAAGUUUGCUUUCCAGUUUUUUUUUUAAUUGGGUUGUGCUGUGCUUGGAAUCUGAUGCUUCACAGUGCAGUCUGGUUAAUCGAACAUUAGUAUCCAAUAUCAAUUGUCACUUAACAGCACAAACAUACUUUUUUUAUUUUCAAGAAUUAAGAAAUUGUAUAUGCUUAUGGUCAAAAUGCAGAUCAAUGCAAAUUAAGGCCAUAACAGUGUCUAAUGGUGAUCAGUACGGGUUUAGGGAGUUCUGAUUUACUGCUGUUGAAACAAUUUACUCAUCUGAAAUUGAAGAAUGAAAGGUCUUGAUCCUUCACCCUCAGAGUCAGUUCUUCUGAGACCAGGUAGAGAUUAUGAAGUCCUAUUUGCAGGGAAAUUAACAUAUUUCUUUGAAAAUAUUAUGAUGCUCAAAUGUUCAUGUUCAAAUGUUCAGAUGUUCAACUUACAGUAUUUUUAAAACCUUAAGAUAUCAUUACAGGCAUUUUCACGCUUAAGGUGUUGAUAAAAAGCUUAGAAACUACAGAACUUAAGAGAUGGCGAUAUUGUUUGUUCUUCUUCUCUCUAAGUCCCUUAAUCACAGCAUCUCUGAACAGACAGUACUCUCUUCUUUGAAAAUGUUCUUAAGUCAUUGAUGUGAAACUCAGUGUGAUGGUUGCUUGAAAUUAAAUCUUUGCGAGGAGAACUGUGCAUCUAAGGAAGGUACUGUAUGUACCACCUGAUAAUCCCGCCAACCUGUACCGACUUACAAAUCAAAUCUGUUGGUAACUUUGAAUAGACAAUUCUUUUCUCUUUCAAAAUGUUACACAUAAGUUAUAAUAAUAAUAAUAAUAAUAAUUGCUUACACUUAUAUAGCA